GGAUGCAUAGGUAACGAAUUUACCGUUGCCUGUUGCGUUUCAUUCUCUCUCUCUCUCACCCAACAUCAGAAUCUGAAUCCACAUCAAUUUUUGUUUUCAAAGAACUCUGCUUUCUGAUCAGAUGAAGAUGAUGGGGUUAUAGCUGCAAUUGUUGUUUGCAGGGUUCCAAGAAAAACGUCAUAAGAUUGGACAUCUUGGCCCUGCAAAAUUAUUCGUUAGUUUUGGGCAUUGUCGUGACACAUCAUGGGGGCAACCUCGGACAAUGGUAUCGGACUCAUAUUGGCUCUCUCUUCCAGCAUUUUCAUUGGCUCAAGCUUUAUCAUUAAAAAAAUGGGUCUUAAUAAAGCUGCCAAUAAUGGGAAAAGAGCAGCCACAGGAGGGCAUGCGUAUCUGUAUGAACCGUUUUGGUGGGCUGGAAUGAUUUCAAUGAUCGUUGGGGAAAUAGCCAAUUUUGCAGCUUAUGCAUUUGCUCCUGCAAUCCUUGUAACUCCUCUGGGAGCUUUAAGCAUCAUUUUCAGUUCAGUGUUAGCUCACUUCAUCUUGAAAGAGAGAUUGCACAUAUUUGGCAUGCUUGGAUGUGCUCUCUGUGUGGUGGGGUCUACAACCAUUGUUCUGCAUGCACCGCAUGAGAAAGACAUUCACUCUGUCAAGGAAGUGUGGCAUCUUGCUACAGAACCAGGUUUUAUUGUCUACUUUUGCUUUGUUAUCAUAGUGGUUUCCGUCCUUAUUUUCCGUUUUGUGCGGACCCAUGGGCAGAGCCAUAUGAUGGUUUAUAUCGGAAUAUGUUCUCUUAUGGGCUCACUCACGGUUAUGUGUGUGAAAGCAGUGGGAAUUGCUCUCAAGCUUUCAUUUGAAGGGACCAAUCAAUUUAUUUACUUUCAGACUUGGAUCUUUACAGUGAUUGUGGUAGGAUGUUGCCUCUUGCAGAUUAAUUACUUGAACAAGGCUUUGGACACCUUUAACACUGCUGUAGUAUCACCAGUUUACUAUGUCAUGUUCACAGCAUUUACAAUCAUCGCCAGCGUAAUCAUGUUUAAGGAAUGGGACAGACAGAAUGGAACGCAGAUUGCUACUGAGUUGUGUGGCUUUGUCACAAUUUUAUCUGGGACCUUCCUCCUUCACAAAACAAAGGAUAUGGGAAAUAAACCUCCAGAAACCCCUGUUUUCACAACUCCAUCCCUUUCUGAGAGACAUGAUUUCCCCUAAAUUUGAUUCUUGUUUGGACAGGCAAAAUUUCUCUUUCAUCUAUGUUCCCACCUAAGCAAACAUCUGAUACUGUUUGGUUCUUACAAGCUUGUAAUUUCACAUAAUAAAAUGAUCAAAUCAGAGAAAUGUUAUGUAGAAGUGGUUAAUUAAAGGAAGCAUAUUUUGACAACCUUUAGGACAUAGCUUGAUGCUUCUUUCUU